CUCCCUCAUCGCUACAACUUUGCUACCAUCACAUCUCCAGCUCAUAGAGCCUUCGAAACUUACAGCCGGUCCUCUUAAUUUGUUUCCCCUUAGGCCUUUUCCCACGAUUCUUCUGUCCUCGGGAUGUCUUCCACUCUGGUCAAAGCCGUGGUGCUGGGGGUCUUCUGGUCUCCGCUCCUGGCCGCACCCGCUCUCGCCGGUCCAGCCGCCUUCCCCGGUCUGCUCAUGACCCGCGAAGAUGCGUUUUCCCCGGACAUGCUGCCACCCGACCUCAUCACCAUUGGCGAUGAACCGCCUGCCCGUCCUGCCCCGCGGUGCGCGCGCCCCUGUGGCCCGCACCAAGUCUGUGUCAACUCCGUCGCUUUCGGUCCCGUUUGCGCCGCGAACAAGAAUCUCAACUCGACUUCGGCCCCGGCUGCCCGCUCUCUCAGCCCCCGGUCCGAGACGCUGCAGUCUCGUAACCCGCUCAUUUUUGUCGCCGAGCACUUUGCCGGCAUGGCGCUCGACAUGGCUUUCGGCGCCAUCGUCGGCGGCGAAGUCGAUGUCGUUGCCGAAUUCGAGAAGAUCGCGGAGAAGAUGGUGGAGCAAAUCAAGGGCAUCAUCAAUGAGGCCCUAACCGCGUCCUGGGAGGCUCGCGACAAGAAGUGCGCCCUUAACAUCCUUCAAUCCAUCUCGGAGUACGCCCGCACCUACACCAGCAACACGGACAGCAGCAAUAUUGGCAACGACCUCACCACCAUCAAAGGAAUCAUGGGCGACAAUGAGUGCAACGUCAACCUGAUGCUGCGCAACUUGAACGAUCCGGCGUACUCGGUGCAUGCCACCCCGUUCUGGAUUCUCAUGGCGUCCGCUAAGCUUGGGCUGUGGCAAGAACGCAUCUUUCUUCAAUCCCUCCUGGUCCCUCUUUGCACUGUCCCUCAUUGCGCCCAAAACUUGCAAAUUUUCAAGGAUUCGUACAAGGCCGAUGCGGCCGCCUUUUACGCAACACUGCAAGACACUUUCUACCGGAAGGCCUAUUACGCGAUGUUAAACACGGGCGGGGCUAUCCUCUACAAAGAUUGGGUGGAUGAGGAUUGCAUCAAGAAGAACGCAAUUGGCGUCUGCAUCGAGUACGACUAUGAGGUAGCCUGCCACGGGGAUUAUUUUUUCAACUGGCCCGGUCAAGCAAGAGAGGUUGUAUACACAGUGUCGUCCCAGGCGGUACGCUCUAGCGAGGAUUCGGCGAAGAGUGCCUGUUGGAAAGACCUCGACCCCAAGCUUCUUUCAUUCAGGGACGAAGCCUUUUUGCACUACCUCGUCCUCAACUCCCGUCCGGGUACGACGAUUCUCUCGCCUGAGUACAACAACAUUCGAUCUCUGUGGCAACAUAUCGCCACUAAGGGCACCCACGAGGGAUGGGUGCCUUGCGCGUCGAACAUCACGCCUUAGUCGUGCCUUUCUGUGUCACACGGAGGCACCCGACGAUACUUGAGAAUAGACUCAACGGCUUGAAGCGGGGUAACAGAGUGCCGGAUCAGUAGGACCAAUCGUUGAA